AUCUCCCCCCAUUCACAUCAUCUUUUUUCCCUUUCCACCCCCCACCGCUCCCCGCCGACCGCCCUAGAUUUUCUGUUUUCUUUUCAUUUACUCCAUUUUGUUUUCCUCCCCAGCACCGCUCACCCGCCGUUCGUACAUUCCCGGCGUUUUUCUCUGCCGGUACUCUCGACCCGCCGACUAUACGAGACCCCCAACGCCAUUGCUGUUCUCAUUCUAGCUGAUCCGAGCUCUGGUCGGCAUUCCCGCAGAGGUGUAGGAAUGGAUGAGAACAAUGUGGAAGCAAAGUCACACAGCGAAGGUAGCAAAGGUCAAGGGUUGGAUGAGAACAAAGUUGAUGCCGAGGCUAAACCCGAGGGAGCACAAUUGCCUCCCGCAGCUGCUGUGGAUGAAACAAAUUCUGGAAAUUCAGAGGCAGAUGACACCGAGAUGGAAGGUAAAGGAGAGAUUGGGGAUGAGACAGAGCUUGGGGACCAAAACAUUCAUAAAAGUGAUUCAAAAGAUGCUAUCUUGGAUGUAAAGGAAGAGUCUUGUAUAAAUCAGAAUGAAGAAGAUGUAAAUCUUGCUGUAGGUGAAGCCUUGAUGGACACAGAAGCAGUCGAUGAUGAUACAGAGGGGGAAGCACUCAAUGAAAAUGCUCAACCUCUUGACGAAUCCCUCCCAAAUGAGGACAAGAGAGGAGAAAUGCAAGACGAAGCUCAUGAAAGUGAGAAUGAAAUUCCACAAAAUGGAAAUGAAAUGAUGACAGUUGAAAAGCCGAAAGCUGAGGAUAAAAGUGCUUCUGCUGUUGUCAUGGAUGAUAAAGAGGCUAGACUAGAUGGAACUUCCGAAACAGAAGGGAAAGUUAAUUCUGUUCCUACAAUGUUGCAUGAACCUGUUACGCCACAUGCACUGGUGAAAUAUUCAGCUGCAAAAUCUGGGCAAGUUAGUGGCGAUACUUUCAAGAAUAAAUUUGAUUUUGUAAAGAUGGAUGUCGACGUUGAUGAGAUAGAAGAUCAAGAAUUGUUUAUGAGGGAAGUAGAAGCUUUUUAUCGCGAGAGGGCCUUGGAAUUUAAACCUCCUAAGUUUUAUGGGCAGCCACUGAAUUGUCUCAAAUUAUGGAGAGCUGUAAUUAAGUUGGGUGGCUAUGACACGGUAACUGGAUCAAAGUUGUGGAGGCAAGUGGGCGAGUCUUUCAACCCUCCCAAGACUUGUACGACAGUGUCAUGGACAUUUCGUAUUUUCUAUGAGAAGGCUUUGCUAGAAUAUGAACGGCAUAAGACACAAACUGGUGAGCUUCAGUUCUCUAUCGUCUCUCUCCCUGAUCCUUCAGGGGUUGACAAUGAGGGUAAUGGUCAUCAAACUCCUGGAUCUGGCAGAGCACGUAGAGAUGCUGCUGCCCGUGCUAUGCAAGGAUGGCAUGAUCAACGUCAUAUAAAGUAUAGUGAGGGUGAUGAGCCAAUUGUAAAGGACAAGAACCCAAGCAGUACGACAAAACGUGAAAAGAGUCUCAAAAGUAUAGGUUCUCUUAAACAAAAGAGGCCUAAUGAAGUUGAACUCCCAGUAAAAGCAGCACGAACUGAAACUUCUAGGCAGUUGGAUACUACAAUAGUUGAUGUUGGACCACCUGCUGACUGGGUGAAAAUAAAUGUUCGGGAAGCAAAGGACUGUUUUGAGGUCUAUGCCCUUGUUCCGGGACUUUUACGCGAGGAGGUGCGGGUUCAAUCUGAUCCAGCUGGACGUCUGGUCAUAACUGGUCAGCCUGAGCAGCUCGACAACCCAUGGGGAAUCACUGCCUUCAAGAAGGUGGUGAGCUUACCUGCAAGAAUAGAUCCUCUCCAGACAUCAGCUGUUGUGAGCCUGCACGGGCGUCUCUUUGUGCGGGUCCCACUCGAGCAGCCAAACCUAUAAAUUAAUAAAUGUGGUGACGUGUAGCGGGGAAUGGGACAAUGGCAACAUGAGUGGGGUGAGUUGAGUUUAGCUGAGUUCUAGCUAGAGGUUGACAGGACCGAGUGCACUCAGUGGCAUCCUCUCUAUGUGUAUGUGUAUGAGUAUAAGCUGACAGAGAUUACAUUAGG